GCCUUGGGGUCUCCUUCCGUAGUGGGAACCGGGGUCUCCCCAGGGAAUCUUUUUUACUUUUACUUGUGCCUUUGUACAGUUGUACUCCUCCUCCUUCAUUCUUUAUUUUCAAUUUAACCGCAUAUCCUCCAAAAAUCAGCUUGGAAUUCCCACCACAAGUAACGUGACUAGACUAGCUAGCCGACUCCUCUUUCGAUUGCAAACAUAUUUCCUCGAACCAAUCCCUUUAUCUUCCCCAUAUCAACAGUACCAAUUCCAACGUCAUUGUCUCAAUUAAACUCAUUUCUUCUUCCACCACACUCUCUUCCAUCCAUGGCCAAAAACACAGUCCAAAGCAAAUCCACCCGCUCCCUCUCCCUCCGAGACGGACCGCUCUUUCUCGGCGGAGCUACGGCUGCCGUACUCCUCUUCACUCUCUGGUACUUCUCCGAACCCUGGACCGACUUUUCGAACAACCCAACAAACCCCGUCUUGGCUUCCGACGGCGUCACCGCCGCCUACUGCUCAUCCACCGCGCCCGCCGCCGAUGACCUCCGCCACGACUCACCCAACUCGACGUUUUACGACGACCCGGGUCUCGGUUACUCGAUCGAGGAGCCGAUGGAAGACUGGGACGAGAAGCGGCGGGAGUGGCUCGAGAACCACCCCGGUUACGCCGGCGACCGGAUACUCCUCCUCACCGGUUCGCAGCCCUCCCCGUGCUCGAACCCUACCGGGGACCACCUGUUCCUGAGGUUGUUCAAGAAUAAAGUUGACUACUGCCGGAUCAACGGCUACGAUAUCUUUUACAGCAACGCGUUUCUUCACCCGGAGAUGCGGGCUUAUUGGGCCAAGUUACCGUUGAUUCGGGCCGCAAUGGUGGCCCACCCGGAAGCCGAGUGGAUCUGGUGGGUCGACUCGGAUGCCGUUUUCACCGACAUGGAGUUUAAGCUCCCGUUGAGGCGGUACAGGGACCACAACCUCAUUGUCCACGGGUGGGCCCACAUGGUCUACGAGAAGAAGAGCUGGCUGGGCCUUAACGCCGGGAUUUUCCUGAUCCGAAACUGUCAAUGGUCCAUGGAUUUCAUGCGAUUGUGGGCCUCCAUGGGCCCAAUGAGCCCAGAAUUCCACAAAUGGGGCUGGCUACAGAAAUCAGCGCUCCCGGACAAAAUGUUUCGGGACUCCGACGAUCAGUCGGCGCUGAUUUACUUGGUAUUGAAAGGGGAGAAAAAAUGGACGGACAAGAUUUACAUAGAGGGGGAGUACUAUUUCCACGGGUAUUGGCUGGACAUAGUGGGCACAGUUGAUGACGUCACGGAGAGGUACGUGACCAUAGAGAGAGGGGUCCGCGGGUUGAGGCGGCGGCACGCGGAGAAGAUGACCGGAGGCUACGCUGCGAUAAGGGAGCAGUAUCUCAGCGCGGCGGGAUACGGUAAGGGAAGUUGGAGGCGGCCGUUUAUUACGCACUUUACGGGUUGCCAGCAUUGUAACGGGGAGCACGAUCCGAAGUACGAGAGCGAUUCCUGUUGGAUUGGGAUGGAGAAGGCAUUGAAUUUUGCUGACAAUCAAGUGCUUCGCAUGUAUGGUUUUGUGCGACCGGACCUGUCGAAUGCUUCCCGCUUGUCUGUCUUGCCGUUUGAUUAUCCAGCAGCAGAAGAAGAGGUUCACUAUUGGCAGAUUCCAACCAUGGAUAGGACCAGAGCAGAUCAAACCCCUGUCUCCUCCUUUCUCCCAAACAGACCCCUCUCUCUCCUCAUCGGAGCAGCAGCCAUUCUCGCUCUUCUCGUGGUAUGGAAUCUUCCCUCUAGUUUUUCAACUCCAUCAGUUGAUGGGAAGAUGUCGAAUAUCUCACCGGUUUUUGCUAAUAGUCUACAAGAAAGGACAUUCUAUGACGAGCCUAAUGUUACCUACACGAUAGAGGAGCCAAUCCUGAAUUGGGAUUUGAAGAGACGGGAUUGGCUGAAGCAUCACCCGUUGAUCGCCGCAGAAGCACGGGACAAAAUUCUACUCCUGACGGGUUCUCAAUCGGGUCCGUGCAAGAACCCGAUUGGCGACCAUUUGCUUCUGAGGCUUUUCAAGAACAAGGUUGAUUACUGUCGAAUCCACGGGUACGAUGUGUUUUACAAUAAUGCCCUCCUUCACCCAAAGAUGGGCACUUAUUGGGCCAAGAUACCUGUGGUUCGGGCUGCAAUGGUGGCCCACCCGGAGGUCGAGUGGAUCUGGUGGGUUGAUUCGGAUGCGGUUUUCACUGACAUGGAUUUUAAACCACCAUUGGAGAGGUACAAGGAUUACAACCUCGUGGUGGGUGGGUCGCCCAAGUUGAUUUACGAGAAUCCGAGCUGGAUGGGGCUCAAUGCCGGGGUGUUUUAUUUUCGGAAUUGUCAAUGGUCCAUUGAUUUUAUGGAAGCGUGGGCCAAGAUGGGUCCACAGACCCCAGACUACGAGAAGUGGGGUCAAAUCCUGUCAUCGACAAUCAAGGACAAGUUGUAUCCAAUGUCCGAUGAUCAGACAGCUAUGGUUUAUUUGUUGAUGACGGAGAAGGAAAAAUGGGGUGAUAAGGUGUUUCUGGAGCACGAGUAUUGUAUCCAAGGGUAUUGGGAGGGUUUGGUGGGCACACUUCAUAACGUGACAUCUAACUACGCGGGGAUAGAGAAGCGAGUGCACACGUUAAGGAGGCGACAUGCGGAGAAGGUGAGCGAGAGCUACGGUGCGCUAUGGGAAAAGCAUCUAGAGGAGGCUGGUUAUAGGAAGGAUGCUGGGAAACGACCGUGUAUCACGCAUUUCACGGGAUGUCAGCCGUGCAGCGGGGACUACAAUCCUAUGUACACGGGCGAUUCUUGUUGGAAGGGGAUGGAGAAGGCGUUGAAUUUUGCGGAUAAUCAAGUGCUACGUAAUUAUGGGUUUGUGCACCCAGAUCUACUGGAUUCUUCCCAUGUGUCGGCUUUGCCGUUUAAUUUUCCUGCAUAAUGAGUGAUUUACGAUUUCUUAAAAUUAUUGUUUAGGGCUAUGGCAUGCAUGUCGCAAGACCAAAGAAUCAUUGUUGGUGAGAGCGGAUAAGAACUGCACGGUGUUGUGGUUUCUUAGGUACUAGUUUAUGCGUUUCAUGGUGUGGUGAUUGGCAUUAGCCAGGACAGUAGUCCAAUUACAGUCAACUUCUUGUGGUAUAUGUUUGUUAAAACAGUGGUACUAAUGGGUUGUCAAGCGUUUCGGGAGGAAGGGAGUUUGUUUUUCUUUGAGUAACGCUACAGGUACAGAUAUUCUUUAUACGAAUUUGGACGAAGAUGUUUUGAGAGCCGUUCAUAUGUGUCCAAAUCAUUUCCUCUUUUCUUUAGGUUGGCAGUGGUAGUCUGGACAAGCUAGUCUCAUUACUUCAUCGAUGAUGUAGACUUUCAGUGAUUUGUGGAUUAUUUUUCCGUGAUUAAAGGAUGAAAAGCUUGCUUGCUUGUCAUUCGGAGAUUGACUACACGUAAGAGUGAUUUUUUCCCU